AUGGUCGCUGACAUCGAGAAGGCCUUCUUACAGAUUGGCGUCACCGACGCUGACAGAGAUGCACUACGUUUUCUGUGGCUGAAGGAAGCUCCGACACACGAUCAACCUUUGCCAGACAUCGAAACGUACAGAAUGACCAGGGUCCCUUUUGGAACCACGUCGAGCCCCUUUCUACUGGCAGCUACAUUACAACACCACCUGCGGAGCCUGAAAGACGAAUACCCCGUCACGUGUACGUUGCUCAGCGAGUCACUGUACGUUGACGACCUUCUGGUUGGAGCAGCAGAUGAAGGAAGUGCCGAGAAACUUUACCGUGAGGCGAAGAGCAUAUUCCAAACUGCUUCUAUGAAGUUGCACAAAUGGGCGUCCAAUAGUCCGACCAUGAGGAACUUGUUUGAGGAGGAAGCAACAGCAGCGAUGCCACAGGGUCAAGUGGCGGGUGUACUGAAAGUUCUCGGAUUAUCUUGGAAUCCCGCGACGGACAACCUGACAUUCGCGGUGGACAGUGUCAGGCAGAUCUCCGAGCAACGUAAAGAUACGAAACGUUUCGUACUACAGACAGCAGCAAGGCUGUAUGAUCCAAUGGGAUUGAUUUCGCCAUUUCUCGUAACCGCUAAACUCUGUUUUCAACGCACUUGGCGACUUAAACUUGGAUGGGAUGAAAUUCUACCAGAUGACAUCAGACACCAAUGGGCUGACUGGUGCGACGACCUAAGACAUUUAUCGCGGAUACAAGUACCGCGAUUUUACGAGUAUGGCUUAAGUGACGUCGCCGACAGCAGAGUGCUGCACGUCUUUGCGGAUGCAAGCACCGCAGCCUACGGCGCGGUAGUGUACCUGUGCGUAAGGGACUUAACAGGAAGGACGACGACGACACUGGUUCUGGCGAAGUCAAGAAUCGCUCCACUAAAACAACUGACGCUGCCCCGUCUAGAGUUGAUGGCGAGCCUCGUGGCAUCACGCCUAUUUCAGUACAUCGGCGGAAACCUCAAGCUUGACGUUAGCGGCGUGCAUUUCUGGACCGACAGUAUGAUCACACUCCAUUGGAUCCAGGGCGAUGCAGCAAGAUGGAAACCAUUCGUAAGGAACCGAGUGACCGAAAUUCAAAAGAACAGCGAUUCGCAUCCUUGGCACUACUGUCCGAGCAAAGAGAAUCCCGCUGACUUAAUGACAAGAGGAAUAUCAGCUCAACGACUGAUCGAGAGUCAGUUGUGGUGGAAGGGACCACCGUGGAUCGUCAGCGACGAGAGCUCGUGGCCAGGAAGGCCCCCAACGACACGGUUUGCGUCCGAAGAACUUGAAGAAAUGAAAUCCCAGGUGUUAACCACAGCUACUUCAACAUCCACAGUACCGGUUUUACUUGACAUCAACAAGUACAGUUCCGUACUCAAGCUUCAUAGGACAACAGCAUGGGUCCUGCGCUAUAUUCAUAACCUGAAAUCGCAUGUCAGGAGGAGUGGAGUACUGUCAACAGAAGAGAUCGAAAAGGCCGAAGUCCAUUGGAUAACGACAGUUCAACGGAUGACCUUUCAGCACGAACUGAGCUGUAUCGAAAAGGGCUCCAAACUUCCGAGCAACUCGCCAUUAAGGGACCUAACACCAUUCAUCGACAACGACGGGAUUAUCAGGGCUGGCGGACGUCUACAGUUCAGCCGUGGAACGUACGACGAGCGACAUCCCAGGAUCUUGCCUGGAGAUCAUCAUUACACGAAGCUACUGGUUCGUCAGACUCAUCAUCAACUUCUUCAUGCGGGCAUCAGAGAUACACUCGUGCAACUACGAGAGAACUUUUGGGUUACCAGAGCUCGUCGACUUGUAAAAAGGGUCAUUCACGACUGCGUGACCUGCAAGCGUUUGAACGCCAAGGCAGCAAGCGAAACGGUUGCUCCUUUGCCUGCGGACCGAGUAACGGAAUGCCUACCGUUUGAAGUGGUGGGAAUUGAUUUUGCCGGACCUCUGAUGGUGAAGGAAGCUAGCAGUACCAAGAAACGUUACAUCGUCCUUUUUGUAUGUGCAGUCACGAGGGCAAUACAUCUCGAGUUGUCCAAGGACAUGUCCAGCAAGAGUUUUCUACAGGCUCUACGACGGUUCGUCUCACGGAGAGGGCUAUGCCGCAUUGUGUAUUCUGACAAUUUCUUAUCGUUCAAGAGAAGUAGGAGCGAACUGAAAGAGCUGUGGUUGGCCUUAAGGGAUCCGGUGGUGAAAGAUCAUUUCUCGACGAGCAAAAUAGAAUGGCGGUUCAUUAUGGAGCGGGCGCCCUGGUGGGGCGGGUUUUACGAACGACUUGUGCGAUCCGUCAAGACAUCGCUGAAGAAGGUACUAGGAAGGAAGCUCCUUGAUACGGAAGAGAUAGUCACCAUCCUGACUGAAGUGGAAGCGGUGAUUAACUCACGGCCUAUAACGUUCCUCUACAGCAACAGCUCUGAAGAAAUGCCAAUUUCCCCAGCGCACUUCCUCGUCGGUAAACGUCUGACGUCUCUACCUACCCCACAAUGCAGAGAACUUACCUCAACGAAACUAUCAUUAGACGAAAUUUGGACAAGUCGACAAAGGGGUCUUGCCCACUUUUGGAAAAGAUGGCACAAGGAAUACUUGGCCGAACUGCAGUCAUCUCGUUCGUCGAGAGUUUUCAAGUCAUCAGCGCUCAAACCUGGCGACAUAGUCAUCUUGCACGAUGAGAAACAACCACGGCCGCUCUGGAAGUUGUGCAGGAUUGUGGACGUAUUCUGCGGCAGGGAUGAGAAAGUCAGGGCUUGCACCGUACGCCUACCUGAUGGGACUUUGCGAAGAAGACCGGUGCAACUGCUGUAUCCGCUAGAACUGGCCAACGGUUAA